GUCGGACUGAGACACUCUCGCGAUAAGAACUGUGCUAGCCGCAAAAUGGCGCCUCCCAGUUCCCGAGAGCCAAAAGCGCCGUCGAUGACGACUGCAGCCAAGAGCGACGGAGAAAUGGUGCUGCCAGGCUUCUCGGACACAGACAGUUUCGUGAAGUUUGCUCUUGGGUCAGUGGUAGCAGUUACCAAGGCAUCUGGUGGCCUGCCACAGUUUGGUGAUGAGUAUGAUUUUUACCGAAGUUUCCCUGGAUUCCAGGCAUUUUGUGAAACACAGGGAGACAGGUUGCUUCAAUGCAUGAGUAAGGUAAUGCAGUACCAUGGGUGUCGCAGCAACAUUAAGGAUCGAAGUAAAGUGACUGAGUUGGAGGACAAGUUUGAUUUACUAGUUGACACCAAUGAUGUUAUUCUGGAAAGAGUGGGUAUAUUACUGGAUGAAGCCUCAGGUGUGAAUAAGAAUCAACAGCCUGUCCUCCCUGCAGGACUGCAGGUCCCCAAAACACUCGUGUCCAGCUGGAACCGGAAGGCAGGAGAAUAUAGCAAGAAAACAAAAUCUGAAACUUUCCGGCUGCUUCAUGCAAAGAACAUCAUCCGACCGCAACUCAAGUUUCGAGAAAAGAUUGACAAUUCCAACACACCAUUUGUUCCUAAAAUCUUCAUUAAGCCCAAUGCUCAGAAACCCCUACCUCAGGCACUCUCUAAAGAAAGGCGGGAGCGCCCACAGGACCGUCCUGAGGACUUGGAUGUCCCACCUGCCCUGGCAGAUUUCAUCCAUCAACAGAGAACCCAGAAGGUGGAGCAAGACAUGUUUGCACAUCCUUACCAGUAUGAACUAGAUCACUUUACUCCACCAGAUUUAGUACUUCAAAAGCCACAGCCCCAGUUAUUUAGGCCUGUAGAAGAAACACCCUGCCAUUUCAUAUCCUCCUUGGAUGAACUUGUGGAACUCAACGAAAAGCUAUUGAAUUGUAAAGAGUUUGCUGUUGACUUGGAGCACCACUCUUACAGGAGCUUCCUGGGGCUCACCUGCCUGAUGCAAAUCUCCACUCGAACAGAAGACUUUCUCGUGGAUACCCUAGAGCUUCGAAGUGACAUGUACAUCCUCAACGAGAGUUUCACAGACCCAGCCAUUGUUAAGGUCUUCCAUGGUGCUGAUUCAGAUAUUGAGUGGCUACAGAAAGACUUUGGGCUGUAUGUCGUAAAUAUGUUUGAUACCCACCAGGCAGCACGCCUUCUCAACCUGGGCCGGCACUCACUCGAGCAUCUGCUGAAACACUACUGCAGUGUGGAAUCAAACAAGCAGUAUCAGUUGGCUGAUUGGAGAAUACGUCCUCUGCCUGAGGAAAUGCUCCACUAUGCCCGUGAUGAUACGCACUACCUCCUGUACAUUUAUGACAAAAUGCGGCUGGAGCUGUGGGAGCGAGGCAAUGAGCAGCCAGUGCAGCUGCAGGCGGUAUGGCAGCGGAGCAGGGACAUCUGCCUCAAGAAAUUCAUUAAGCCUAUUUACACAGACGAGUCCUACCUUGAACUAUAUAGGAAGCAGAAGAAACACCUCAACACACAGCAGUUGACAGCCUUUCAGCUGCUGUUUGCCUGGAGGGACAAAAUAGCCCGAAGGGAAGAUGAAAGUUAUGGAUAUGUCCUGCCAAACCAUAUGAUGCUAAAGAUAGCUGAAGAACUGCCUAAGGAACCUCAGGGCAUCAUAGCUUGCUGUAACCCAGUGCCACCUCUUGUUCGGCAGCAGACAAACGAAAUGCACCUUUUAAUCCAGCAGGCACGAGAGAUGCCCCUACUCAAGUCUGAAGUUUCAACUGGAGUGAAAAAAAGUGGAUCACAGCCCAAUCCCGAGAGGUUGGAAAAUACUCUUUUUGGACCUCAUGACUGCUCCCAUGCCCCUCCAGAUGGUAGUCUUAUCAUCCCAACUAGCGGCCCUGUGCCAGUUCAGAAACAGGCAAGCCUCUUCCCUGACCAUAAAGAAGAGGAGUCCUCCUCACUGGACACCAAGUGCCUGAUUGCUUCUGCUGUUAUCACCAUAUUUAAUGAACCAAGUGCUGAAGAAAAUGGAAACUGUCCAUUAACAGUUGCACAGAAAAAGGCCCAGAGCAUACUGGAGUCCUUCGAGAAUCCAUUUCGAAUGUAUCUGCCCUCACUCGAACACCGUGCCCACAUCUCGCAGGCAGGCAAGUUUGACCCAUCAUCUAAAAUAUAUGAAAUUAGCAAUCGUUGGAAGCUGGCAAGCCAGGUACAAGUACAAAAAGAAUCUAAAGAAACUGCAAAGAAGAAAGCAGCUGAGCAAACAGCUGCCCUGGAGCAGGCAAAGGAAGAGUACAGGGCCACCGUGGAACAGGCUGUGUCUGUCCGACAACAGGCCGUGCUAGAGAAUGCUGCUAAAAAGAGAGAGCGGACAGUAAGUGAUCCAAAGACCACAGAACAGAAACAAGGGAAGAAACGACUCAAAAUUUCCAAGAAGCCAAAGGACCCAGACCCAGCAGAAAAAGAAUUCACCCCUUAUGACUACAGCAAGUCGGAUUUCAGGGCUUUUGCAGGAAACAGCAAAUCCAAGCCGUCCCAAUUUGAUCCAAACAAGCAGACUCAAACUGGCAAGAAAUGUCUUGCAGUCAAAAAGCCUAAACAGUCAGCUGGAAACAAAAGCAUGUCUUUUCCAACUGGCAAAUCAGACAGGGGUUUCAGGCACAACUGGCCGAAGAGAUAGUGUUGGAAGAUACCUUGGAAAUCCCCCAGUGGACUGGGAGUACCACAUAGUGGUGCUGGUUUUGUACAGACAUUUUAAACCAUUAAA